AUGGUGGCUGUGUAACAGUGUCGUAAACUCGGAAGUUGGUUAAAGGAGCCUUUCGUCAUGGCGACUGGAUUCUUGGCUUUGGACACAAUUUUCGAUGCUGUUGGUUUACAAGGGUGACGAGGAAAAUGAAAAAGACUUACAUAAUCACCAAAGUCGUUAAAAAGAAGCAUGACUCGUCCCGACCUGAUCUCAGGUCAUUCAAAAGUUGUAUGAUAAAAGAGUGUCCCAACUCGACAUUGGACAAUUCGAAGACUUUCAUACCAUUUCCAAAUUGUCAAGACGCAUUUGAAAGAUGGUCCCCCUUUAUCAAAACCCCUAACCUAGGUAUCUAUUCGAAAAUAUUCAUCUGCUCGGAUCACUUCAAGGUUGAGGUGAGGAAAUGCGUUAUGUCGAUGCUGAAGGAAAUCAAGGAGGGUGCAUUGCCUAUCAUUUCUGGCAGCAUAAUCGAUCCUGAUCCAUGGGUUAAGAUAGACUCGGUCCGGUCUUGCAAUCCAGCUGAAAUAGACGAACCAGGAAAAUCCUCCCUUCAUGACGAUGUCGAUAUGACAAUCGUCAAACAGGAACAGGAUGUCCAAGAAACGGCCAUAGAUCCUCCUGACCAACAGCCGGAAUCUUCUCUUCUGAACGAGAAGGAUGAUGGAGUCAAAAGCAGCACUGAGGCAUCAGUUUCUCAGCCUGUCGGAUUCCGCCUCAAAGUCAAAGACCUGCGAAGUCUUCAAGAGUCGCCACAGAAAGUUUUAGAUUCCACAGAUUCCACUUCUUUUAAUGAAGAGCCAGGGGUAGAAAAAGUCCUCAAAAAGAGAAGGAGGUGUGCCGGUAAAAUCGUCAUUAAUCAGGCCUCUGAACCAGUAUGUGUAAGUAAAAAUGUUACGCGGCUGAGAAACGUCAAUCAUGUCAAAAAGAAAAAACGAAAAAAGGUCUUGUGGGUGUACAAAGAUGAUAUGGAUGAACUGGGUUACGAUGACAUUCCAACCAAACGAGGGAAAACACGUAAAAGAAACAGAAGAAAGAAAAAACAGGUCUCGAAUGAAGUCAACAUGCGUAAAAUAGAAACGAUGGCGUCAGAAAGAUACGCUGAUAAUAUCACGAGUUAUAUGAGAAAGAACAUUCACGGUGUUGUUCCGUGCCGAACUGAAGACAAAAUUUUCUCUUGGCUCUCGACUGGCCGCAGGGGAAAAAGGAGGCUUAAAAAGCCAACAAGACCUGUCUGCAAACCGAAAACAAGCGUAAUUGAACAAUUGUGUAAAAACGAAAAUCAUACAUCGAGUCAUGAUGUAAUUUUGGAUGAAGCCUGUAAUGAUGAACUGGAAGGCUCGGAAGAGCUGAUUAACUAUGAAAAAUCAAUAAACUUGAUUCCUUCUGGCAGUGUUUUAACUUCCACCGAAGACAGCGAUAUGCACCAAGUCAUUUUAGUCGAAAAGGACGGCCAGUGGAACUUCUUCGAUGAAAACAAAGAUGAAUUUAACACUUUUUACGAUGACACAGAAGAUGAGCACAACUAUGCUAUUAGGAGCAACGUACGACCAUCAGAAACCAAUACGUCUUUAGACAACGAGUGCAGCGAGACAGACACUGAUAAAGAGCCGGAAGAUCAAAUAGGCACGGAAUGUCCAGUUGAUUUAAACUCGUCCAACAAAGAUGAUUCACAAGUCGGUAGUAAAUGCCAAAGUUUCGACGAGCACAAUUAUUUCAAAACUUGGCAAAACAAAGGAACGAAGAUGAAGUUCUGCUCCACGUGCAACUCAAUUCUUCGUCACAAUAAAUGCUACAAAUGGUUCAAACAUUUGUCUUGCAGUCAGUUCUCCUUCGAGUGUUCUAACUGUACACUGCGAACAGAUUCUGCGGACUUUUUAGUCACGCAUAUGAUAGUCCAUCACGGCUUAGAAGUUUUCAAUAUGCGUGUUGUCACGAAAAUGAAGAACGGCAAAAAGUAUGUGCACAGAGGGAUAAACGAGGUCGUAGAAGGCGCCGAUCCGAAGUUCGCCGUCAAGAAACACAACGUCAAUUUAGCCUUCUUAAUGGACAAGCUCAGAUACGGUGCAACAAUCAGCCGAGAAUGUACAGGAGACCGGAACAUUGCGGGGCAUCUGUACCACUUGAAAAACAUGCUCUUUGUGUUGUCUGAAUAUUCGAUAAGGAGGAUUGCUUUUGAGUACAUAUCCAGAUAUCAUCCAUUCGAGAUUGUGAAAUGUGUCGAUUCCGUGCGUAUGGUUGAUAUAGUGUGGUAUAGGAAUUUCAUUCGCAAGUAUCCAGCGGUCUUGGAGGGCAAUGCGCCAAUGUUCAGCUCCUUGAAGCACGAGACGGAUGUGUUUUUUGACAGGUUUAUCGAACUCUGCCGCAAGCUUUCCCUGAGCCGCAACUCGGUUUAUACAGUCGACUUCACGACAGUCUUUGUGUCCGAUGAAUUGCCGACUGUUAGUACCGGCCGUCAAAGAAGCGUACAGACAAACGUAGAGAAGGUGAGCCUUCUCUGCGGAGUGAGAGGAGACGGGGCUUUCACGACAACACUCAUCACCUCUUCUUUCCCCCUGUCUUCCGAUUCGUCUGAAGUCGUUAUCGACAGCGGACCCACUGACGGGAAAAUCGAUUCGGGCUCGUUUGCCAUGUUCAUCCAUUCUUUCUUAAGGAAGGUCAAACCGAUGGAAAGGGUGCUCCUUUUAGUCGACGGGAGCAAAUAUUACACUCAGUCGUUUGAAAUUUAUGAAAAUCUCAUGGCAAAAGGCGUCACCAUCCUCUCCAUCCCCGGCAACCUCCUCAGUCUUAAUCCCUUAAGGAAUUGUAUAUUUCCGGCAAUUGUGUCGAGGAUGCAGGCUGUGAUAAAUAAACGAAUCAAGAAAUUCGGGAAAGCGAACGUUUCUGAUUUUGUUAGCGUGUUCGAAGAGGCAUGCAAAACUAACGGACAAGAGAAGGAUCUUUCGUCAUUGGUGGUCCAAGCGUAUGCGGCAUUUGGCAUCAUACCGUUUAACAAGCAGGGCACUUUGAACAAGCUAAUGUCAAAACGAUCCAAAUCGGAUAGAGGCUAUCUCCUCAAUUUUCGCCCCAUCAAGGAGAAAAUAUCAGAUUUGGUAUUGAACUGCAUUGUCCCAAUAAACUCCCCACCUGAAGGAUUAAAACGGAAAAGGACAAAUACUAGAAGGUUUAACAUUUUGAAACGCCAAUCGAAAGUCGUGAAGAAAAGUUUACAGAAAAAAUUAGAGAAUCCUGUAGGCAAAGGAGUGAGACGGGACGUACAAAAAGAUGCUCGGACGGACAGGCGAAAAAAUAAUAAAUCGGCACCUGUCAGUAAACAGACAAACACGACCGUUAUUGAUGAACCCUGCCAGGAAGACCUCUUAGAGGACGCUCCCAAAGUCAAAGAGGAAAUCAGUGAUGAUGUCGUCGGUGAAUUGAUGGACAUAAUUGUAAAAGAAGAUUCAAAGCAGCCGAAGGCCGGUCGACGGUCGGUAGACCCGAGGAAAGGCAAGAAGAAAUGCCUCAUCUGCAAGAAGAUGCACGCGACCGAGUCCAAAAUGUUUGUGUGCGAUUCGUGCAGAGUCUGAACUUGAAAGAAUGGAGAAAACUAAACCGUGGUGGAAUUAAAAAGUGAGUCUAAAAACAUUAAGAUUGACAGUAUGAAUUAAAAAUUUAUUACUGUAAUUAAAAGAUGUGAGUGAAAAAAGAAAUUUAAAAUAAAAUAGUUCAAGAACUCCUGUCAGUUAAAGAGGAAAAAACAUUUGUCAAUUGAGUUUGAGGGAGAGAGAGGACAACUAUUAAAAGAGGAAUUUGAGCAAAAGUUAAAGAGUAAGAAAGAAAAUUGGACUAAGAAAAGCUAAACUGUUAAAGAGACUAAAGAAGGCAGAUUUGAGAGAACCGCUAAAUUUUUGUUUUACCAUUUUCAUUUUAUAAAAAGUACAGUUUUUUAAUUUUCACGAAAAAAGUGGGCAUACAGCAAAUGUAAAUUAUUUUUGUUUAUAUUGUUUUAUUUGUAAAUAAUUAUAAUAUUGUAUUGUAAAUUGUAAAUGUUUUAUAUGUAAACUGUACAUAAACAUAAGGUAGACUUUCACAAAUAUACAGUUUUUUUGUAUUAUGUAAAAAUGUACAAUGUUUUAAUCUUUUAACCACCCACGAUAUCACUGCUGUGAUUCCAACCUAAUUGGCGGAUAGGUAAGGUUUUUAUUUAUCAUUAUUAUUUGA